AAAGCCUGAGCAGCUGGGUGGGGGCGUGAAGAAUGAGAGAAGCUUGGAACAGAAUGUCUUGAAUGUGUAAAUGGUCAUAUUUGUGAGUGAGAAACAGCAAUCUCUUUCUGAGAAAGAUUUCCUGUUUAAGUUCUUGGUCAUAGGAAAUGCUGGAACUGGAAAGUCCUGUUUACUACACCAAUUUAUUGAAAAGAAAUUCAAAGAUGACUCAAAUCAUACUAUAGGAGUGGAAUUUGGUUCAAAGAUCAUAAAUGUUGGUGGUAAAUAUGUAAAAUUGCAGAUAUGGGAUACAGCAGGACAAGAGAGGUUCAGGUCUGUAACAAGGAGUUACUAUAGAGGAGCUGCAGGUGCUUUGCUUGUCUAUGAUAUAACCAGCCGGGAAACCUACAAUGCACUUACUAAUUGGUUGACGGAUGCAAGAAUGUUAGCAAGUCAAAAUAUUGUGAUAAUACUGUGUGGAAACAAAAAGGAUCUUGAUGCAGAUCGUGAAGUUACUUUUUUAGAAGCAUCCCGGUUUGCACAAGAAAAUGAGCUGAUGUUCUUGGAAACAAGUGCACUAACAGGGGAAAAUGUUGAAGAGGCCUUUGUACAGUGUGCAAGGAAAAUACUCAAUAAAAUUGAAUCAGGAGAACUGGAUCCAGAAAGAAUGGGCUCAGGUAUUCAGUAUGGAGAUGCUGCCUUGAGACAGCUGAGAUCACCACGUAGAGCACAAGCACAAAGUGCUCAAGAAUGUGGGUGUUAAAGAAACAAAACACAAAUUCCCAAAUACUUACUUUAGAUACAGAAGCUGUCCUUGCAAAUGGUGUUUGAAGAAACAAACAAGGCUUGAAGGCUAUGCAGUUUUUACAAGCAUCUUUCCACUAUCUACAAACAGCAGAUGACUGCUGACAGAAAGGAGUACCCUGUGGUGUGGGGCAGGAAUGUUCACAUGACACAAAAGUCUGCAAAGCGAACUUGAUAAUUUGGUGGACAAUAUUAAGACUCAUAGCUGUAUGUAAACAUUUUCCAUUACCUAUUUUUGUUCUUUCACCUUUGGUUUAAAGCAUUGCUAUAUACUGUAAAUAAUGUAACAGUAAAUUUACAAAGCAUGGUAUACUUAUGUAUGCUGAUAGAAUGUUGCACUACGAGCAGUUUAAUAUUUUAUUUUUAUAUCAUAUAAACAGAUUUAACUGAGGUAGGCUUUGUCAUGUUUGUU